CCCAACUCUUCCCAUGUACUUCCGGUAGGCAGUAAGCUGUACAGUGGAUCAAAGCGCUUUGUUUAUCAGUAGUUUUCGUAUUUCGAGAGCUAUUUCAAACGCGUUUUGUAGCAGAAGUGUUCGAGUCGCGUCACCGUACACCGGACCUGCAGCGGGAAGAGCCAGCUGAUCUAUAAUAGUCAUCAUAUAUAGAUCAGUGGAAGAGCUACUAACUGGAAGUCAAGGGCGAAAUAAAACCGGUUCUGCUGCAUUGUAGGACACUCCGUCCAGAACCCAUUUACCUCUAGCUGGACAUUGUUGUCUCGUUGUUUAUUGGCAUUUAAUUACUUUUUAAUUUGUCCGCGAUCCAUAGGCAAGCGUGACACUUCCGCUUCACAGGAGAUAAACAACGUUCGGCAAGAAAGACAAGAAUCUCGGCCUAAUCAUCAUCAUGUUGUUGCGUAAAGUUACUCAAAGUCCUGCGAUCUGCAGCACUGUCUUCCGUCUACAACCAGCUAUUACAGGAGCGCAGCGCCAAACUGGAGCUCUUGUGGCAGUGCAAAAUGCUCGUUUUUACGCGAGCCAGGCCGCAGAGGCUGUUCUGGACAAGAAUGUAGUCGGCAGCGACGCUGCAAUGACAGCUGAGAAGGUUGAUAAGAUGGCUAUUGUGGAGUCAAAGUCCUUUGCUGUGAACAUGUUCAAAGGGCAAAUCAGCACUUCUCAGGUGUUCCCCUUCCCCUCAGUGCUCAAUGAAGAGCAGUCACAGUUCCUCAAGGAGUUAGUUGGGCCAUGCAGUAAGUUUUUUGAGGAAGUGAAUGACCCCAUGAAGAAUGAUGCUCUGGAGAAGGUGGAGGAACACACAAUGGAAGGCCUGAAGGAGAUGGGAGCUUUUGGUCUUCAGGUGCCUGCAGAACUUGGUGGCGUGGGCCUCACCAACACACAGUACGCCAGGCUGGUGGAGAUUGUUGGGAUGCAUGAUCUGGGUGUGGGCAUCACUCUUGGUGCCCAUCAGUCCAUUGGCUUCAAAGGCAUCCUGCUUUUUGGAAACCCUCAGCAGAAAGAGAAGUACCUUCCAAAGCUGGCCACUGGAGAGCACAUUGCUGCCUUCUGUCUUACUGAACCAGCGAGUGGUUCUGAUGCAGCCUCCAUUAAAACCAAUGCAGUUCGUUCCCCCUGCGGCCAGUACUACACCCUGAAUGGAAGCAAGAUCUGGAUCAGUAAUGGAAGCAUUGCUGAGAUCUUCACUGUGUUUGCAAAGACUCCUCUGAAGGAUGAGAAGACUGGAGAGAUGAAGGAUAAAAUUACAGCUUUCAUUGUGGAGAGGAGCUUCGGAGGAGUCACACAUGGCCCACCUGAGAAAAAGAUGGGCAUCAAAGCAUCCAACACGGCAGAAGUGUAUUUUGAGAACGUGCGUGUCCCUGCGGAGUGUGUGCUGGGAGAGGUUGGAGGUGGAUUCAAAGUGGCCAUGAACAUCCUCAACAAUGGCCGCUUCGGCAUGGCCGCCGCUCUCUCUGGCACCAUGAAGGGUGUCAUCUCCAAAGCGGUUGACCAUGCUGCUAACCGGACUCAGUUUGGCAACAAGAUCCACAACUAUGGUGCCAUUCAGGAAAAGAUGGCCAGAAUGGCAAUGCUUCAGUAUGUGACAGAGUCCAUGGCUUACAUGGUUAGUGGGAAUAUGGACAGCGGAGCCACAGAGUUCCAGAUUGAGGCGGCCAUUAGUAAAAUCUUUGCUUCUGAAGCAGCUUGGUUGGUGACAGAUGAAUGCAUUCAGAUUAUGGGUGGAAUGGGAUUCAUGAAGGACGCUGGUGUGGAAAGGGUAUUGAGGGACCUGCGAAUCUUCAGAAUCUUUGAGGGUACCAAUGACAUCCUGCGACUGUUCGUAGCGCUCAACGGCUUCCAGGUAAAAGGGGAAAGAAAACACUGCCGAGAACAUAACUGCCUGCCUUACAGUUUCCUUUACUGCAAAACCACCUAAAGCUCACAGCAUGUGUGGUUGUUGACAU